GCGGCGUGACCAGUUUUAACAAGAUUGAGCAUGUUACGUAAACGCAGUCGGAGGAUGGCAACGAGGUGUCCUUGGAGUGGACGUUAAUGAGGCUCUUCAACACGCCGCUACUAAGCAUAACAAAAAGAAGAGCAGCUUGUGGGUCGGACGUCCGCUGCUCCGUCUCCACGAGCACCGGGACCACCAGCAGCAGCACUCGCGGGGAGACCAAGAGGAGGUAGCUGGGGAGGGAACGAGCCGCACCGGACUGCUUGUUGGACUCCUCUGGGCUGGCCGAGACAUGAGCGUUUCCCGCUGAAUGUAAUUGAUGCAGAACUGAGUGGUCUAGUGCUGGCCUUUGCUGUUUACCCUCCCCCAUACCUCCCCUCAUUUUGCUGCCCCACCCUGCUCGGUCAGGUGAGCAGCCAUGACAAAGUCGUACGAGUUCAACUGGCAGAAGCACGUGCCCGAGUUCAUGCAGGAGGGCGCCCCCUUCGACAGGUUUGAUGAGGACCCGUACAUCUUUGAACCCAAUUGUCAGGUUAAAGUGGACGAGUAUGGCUUCUUUAUCACCUGGAAAAGCGAAGGAAAGGAGGGCCAGGUGCUGGAGUGCUCCCUCAUCAACAGUAUCCGUGUCGGCGCCGUCCCCAGGGACCCAAAGAUCCUGUCGUCGUUCGAGGCCAUGGGCAAGACGGAGGCGGACUUGGAGGGCUGCAUCAUCUGCAUUUGCAGCGGCGCCGACUUGGUUAACCUCAGCUUCAUGUUCAUGGUGGCGGAGAACCCAGACACGGCCAGGAAAUGGACGGAGGGGUUGAGGUCGGUGAUUCACAACUUCAAGGCCAACAACGUGUGUCCGAUGACUUGCCUAAAGAAGCACUGGAUGAAAAUGUGCGUCCUGACCAACGUUAACGGCAAGAUUCCCGUGAGAGGGAUUACACGGACGUUUGCGUCAGGCAAGACGGAGAAGGGCAUCUUCCAGGCUCUGAAAGAUUUGGGCCUUCCCAGCGGCAAGAAUGACGAGAUCGAACCCUCGGUGUUCACCUUUGACAUUUUCUACGCGCUCACGCAGAAGAUCUGCCCUCGCACGGAUUUAGAGGACCUCUUCAAAAAGAUCAAUGGGAGCAAAAGUGAUUAUUUAACAGUAGACCAGUUAGUCAGCUUUCUCAAUGAAAACCAGCGGGACCCCCGGCUCAACGAGAUCCUCUUCCCCUUCUACGAUCCCAAGAGAGCCACGCAGAUCAUUGAGAAAUAUGAACGGGACGAAGAGCUAAAGAAGAAAGGCCGCAUGUCCAGCGACGGUUUCUGCCGCUACCUGAUGUCGGACGAGAACGCGCCGGUGUUCCUGGACCGCCUGGAGCUGUACCAGGACAUGGACCAGCCACUGGCCCACUACUUUAUCAGCUCGUCCCACAACUCCUACCUGACAGGCCGACAGUUUGGCGGCAAGUCGUCAGUGGAGAUGUAUCGCCAGGCCCUGCUCUCAGGAUGCAGAUGUGUUGAGCUGGAUUGCUGGGAUGGCAAAGGAGAGGACCAGGAGCCCAUCAUCACUCACGGCAAGGCCAUGUGCACCGACAUCCUGUUCAAGGAUGUCAUCCAAGCCAUCAAGGACACAGCUUUUGUCACCUCCGAGUUUCCUGUUAUUUUAUCCUUUGAGAACCACUGCAGUAAACCGCAACAGUACAAAAUGGCUAAGUAUUGCGAGGAAAUCUUUGGUGACUUUCUCCAGAGGCUGCCGCUGGACAACUUUCCGAUCGAAUCCGGCCGUCCUUUACCCUCGCCCAAUGACCUCAAACGAAAAAUCCUCAUCAAAAACAAACGCUUGAAACCGGAAGUGGAGCAGAAGCAACUGGAGGCCUUCAAGAAGCACAUGGAGGCGGGAGAGACCAACACCACAGCCAUCAUCAUGGGAGAGGAGAACGAGGACGACGUGGAAAACGGAGAAAAGGAGCCUGAAGAUAAGGACGUGACCUCAGAGGCACCGAGCAGCCUUUCGGAGGCGGCCAGUGACAAAGAGGCCAACAGUGACUCUCAACCUAACGCCGUGAGCGCCAAGAAAGCCGAGGAGCGCAGCAACAGUAUCAAAAAGGUACCUGAAGACGAGACGACCGAGAUCUCCGAAGCUACAGAAGUCGCCGACACGACAGAUAUCUCUGAAGCAUCUGACCCGGACAACAACAAGAAGGGCGGCGAAGGCUCCGAGGAUUUGGAGGAGGCUCUGAUCGCACAGUACACAUACGUGGGCGCCACCACAAACAUCCACCCGUACCUCUCUGCCAUGGUCAACUACGCGCAGCCCGUCAAAUUCCAGAGUUUUGAUGUCGCUGAGGAGAAAAACAUCCACCACAACAUGUCGUCUUUCAACGAGUCGGUGGGCCUCGGCUACUUGAAGACCAACGCCAUCGAAUUUGUCAACUACAACAAGCGUCAGAUGAGCCGUAUCUACCCCAAAGGGGGCCGAGUGGACUCCAGUAAUUACAUGCCUCAGAUCUUCUGGAACGCCGGCUGCCAGAUGGUCUCGCUCAACUUUCAGACCCCAGAUCUGGCCAUGCAGCUGAACCAGGGAAAGUUUGAGUACAACGGCUCCUGCGGGUACCUGCUGAAGCCCGACUUCAUGCGGCGGUCAGACCGGAUGUUUGAUCCCUUCUCAGAGACGCCGGUAGAUGGCGUCAUCGCCGCCACGUGCAGUGUACAGGUGUUCUCGGGCCAGUUCCUGUCAGAUAAGAAGAUCGGCACAUACGUGGAGGUGGACAUGUACGGUCUGCCGACCGACACCAUACGCAAAGAGUUUCGCACCCGCAUGGUGAUGAACAACGGGCUCAAUCCCGCCUACAACGAGGAACCGUUUGUUUUUCGAAAGGUGAUCUUGCCGGAUCUGGCGGUGCUGCGCCUGGCCGUGUACGACGACAACAACAAGUUGAUCGGCCAGCGCAUCCUGCCGCUGGACGGCCUGCAGGCCGGCUACCGUCACAUCUCGCUGCGGAACGAAGGCAACAAGCCCCUCUCGCUGCCCACCAUCUUCUGCCAGAUCAUCCUCAAAACCUACGUGCCCGACGGCUUCGGGGCUAUCGUCGACGCUCUGUCCGACCCGAAGAAGUUUCUGACCAUCGCGGAGAAAAGAGCCGACCAGAUGAAAGCCCUCGGCAUUGACACGAACGACAUCGCCGACGUCCCGAGCGGAAGUUCCAAGAAUGACAAAAAGGGAAAGGGCAAAGGGGAUACGGUGAAGGCCAGCGUGACGCCGCAGAGCAGCUCGGAGCUCGCUCAGACCUCCAACGCUGCCCAGAAUAACACGGCGGAGAUCAAGAAGGGUAACGCGCUUGUACCUAAUGUCAGCAUUGACGACUUGAAGCAAAUGAAGACGUAUAUUAAACUCAUAAAAAAGCAACAAAAGGAGCUCAGCGCCUUAAAAAAGAAGCACUUGAAGGAUCAAAACGUGACGCAGAAAUCCCACGGCACGCAGGUGGACAAGAUGGCGUCAACGCACGACAAGGAGAAGAGCACGCUGGAGAAAUUGCUGGAGAAAGCCAUCAAAAAACGAGGGGAAAACAAUUGCCAUGAACUGAAGAAGGAAACCGAAGGCAAGAUCCAAACGCUGGUCACCGAUCACAAAGCCAAGGUGAAGGACGUGACGGCGCAACACACCAAGGAAUGGUCGGAGCUGAUCAGCGGCCACGGCAGCGAAGAGCAGGAGAUGAAGGACGCGCACGUCGCGCAGCAGUGCGAGCACCUCAAGAAGCUGCUGAGUAGCGUGCAGGAGCAGCAGACCGGACAGCUCAAACUCAUACACGAGCGGCAGAGCAAAGAGAUGCGAGCCAACCAGGCUAAGAUGUCCAUGGAGAACAGCAAAGCCAUCAGCCAGGACAAAAGCAUCAAAAACAAAGCGGAGAGGGAAAGGAGAGUGCGAGAGUUGAACAGCAGCAACACCAAGAAGUUCAUGGAUGAGAGGAAGAGGUUGGCCAUGAAGCACCAGAAGGAAAUGGAGCAGCUGGAAAAGAACCAGAGAGAGCAGGUGGAGAAACUGGACAAGUUCAAUGAGCAGCUUUUGGCAUCACACCAUGCAAACAAACAAAAAGGCAAAGGACAUGCUGCAGAUGGCCAAGUUGGAGGAGGAGAUGGAGCGCCGACCUGCCACACUGGUGUGAGCGUCUGACCCCCCCCCCUCCCCCCACACACACACACACAAACACACUGUAGCCCACCAUUUAGCUUUGAAACUGUGCACAUAAACACUUUGUUUGUAGGUGACAUGAUUGGAAUGUAGCACUGUUUGUACAACCACACUUGAUUUCUUACGCAAUUUUUUUUAAUCAUAUUUUGUUGACGUAGCACGGUCUGACCAAAAAAAAAAAAAAAAAUCCGCAGUGGUGAUGUUCCACCUCAAUGAAAACUUGUCAGUGUUUUUUUUUUGUUUGUUUGUUUUUUUUCACCAAUCGAUGCUCCCAAACACAAGAUCAAUUCCAGACAAUUAAUUAUCAUUACUCACUCUCAAAGACAUAUUUAUGUCUUUUCAGACUCCACAUUCAGUCCCAGGUACUUUUUUUUUUUUUUUUUCAAGGUUUGUGGUUUUUUAAAAAGGGUCUGGAAAUGGCUGGUUCUGUCAUGAGCAUUUUUUAAUUCAAUUGUAUGGAAGCAUUCGGCAAAAAAAUCCUUUCUUAUUAAUAUGAUUUUACUGCCAAAGAGAGCCAAUUGUGUUGCCUGAAAUAUUUACAUUUGAAAAUGUUUUAGCGAUUUUCCACCUCUGCAAAGUUGUUUUUAACAAGUAAAACAGGCGUGGGCAAAGUCUGUUCUUUCUUUUCAGCUUUGACAUUUGAGUAUCAAGAGUUUUGCGUUCGUUCGUUUAGUUCAUUUCUUUUUCCUCAAAAAUAUUGUUCAAUGAAAUGUAUUUAUUGAUAUUUAUUUAUUUGUGUUUUCAUCACAUUCGAUAAUUUGUUCAUUGUAAUUGGAAAACGUAAAAGUAUUAAAACAAUUACAAGAAAAUAUAUUUUUUAAACACUUUUCUUUUUAACCUACAUCCGAUCCAAACAAUUUUUACAGACACAUUUUAACAGUUUUUUCCCUUUUUUCUUUUUUUUCUUUUUUUUUUUACCUAAUCUACACGUGCAUUUUUAAAAUUAAACGUUACUACAGAGGACAAAAGUUUGACCACCCAUAAUGUGAAAUGAUUCACUUCAGCUGUAAUGCCAAGCGGAGGCGGUAGGGGGGGAAAGAAACUACAAAAAUGGCCACCCAAAUCCUCAUGACAUCAUCGUGACGUCGUCACAUGUGGUGAACGACGAUCAGUCUUUUUUUUUUCUCUCUCUUUUAUUUUUGUUUUCCGUCUAAUUGGUACGGAGCAGAGGAAUGACCUCCCCCUAAGGCGAGAAAAAAAAAGUGCUUUUAUUCUUUGGCUUGACAAACGUGCCACUCAAUGUCUGCUAGGAUUGUUUUAACUUAUUUGAGCAAGUCUCAAUGCCAAAUUCAAGAGUUAUUUAUACAGAGAUACAUAUAUAUAUAAAUAAAUGAACAUAUUAAAAAAAUGAUGUGUAGUUGAAUUGUCUGUUAGAGGCUUUUUUUUAUACUGUACCUCUCCAACCAACCCUAAUGUGUGUAUGUGCUCUUGUUUUUUUUUUUUUUUUUUUUUUUUUGUAUUUGUAGUGUACUGUUGAACUUUAAGCGAAGAUGACUUGGUUGUUACCCGACUCCUUUAAUACUGUUUUAUAGUAUGUGUACCAAUAAAUGGCAGUGGAACAGGUGGCCUGAAAGCA